AUGAUCGUUUCAUCUCUUCAUUAUGAUGACACUGUUUGCCCUUUUCGUUGUGUAACGAAAGCUGUGUUUAAGAGGGAAAAGGACAGCUUUAAAGUUGCGUUCGUGGAUGAUAUGCAAGUUUAUGCCACGAUCGACCAUCUUGACACAUGGCGAGCAAUGGAGAAGCUGUACGACGCUGGCAAAGUGAAGGUAAUAUCACCGGAGAAUUUCAAAAAAUAA